CUCCCACCCCCUCGCCGCCGCUCCCUUCUCUCGCGGCCAGCCUCGCUGGCGCUUCCUAAAUGGCAGCCGGCAGCAGCCGCCGCAGCAGCGCCAUGCAGCCUCCUUCCCCUCCUCGGGCGCUCCUCUAAGCCCAUGCCAUGCUGCUGCCCUUCCUCCCGGCGCUGUUGGCCGCUUUCGCGCCAUCCCUUCCCUGCCGAGGCUGGUCUCCCUUGGCUGCUUCAGAGUCCGGACGGAAGGAGCCGACGGGGCUCACUCUUCCGCCUCUCAACUCCUCUUCCUCCCCUAAGUCCUUUGCGAGCGGGGGAGCGUUGCCGGCAGACUUUGAGGAAGGGCGAAGAGAGGCCACUAAGGCGGCGGCUAUGGCUGCCCCUUCGCCCGGGCCGCCCCGCCCCGCGCCCCAGCAGCACCAGCAGCAGCAGCGCCGCGAGGAGCCGGCGUGCAACAUCAGCGUGGAGAGACAGAUGCUGAGCUCGCUGCUGGUGCGCUGGAGCCCGCUGGGUUUCCACUGCGACCUCGUGCUCUUCUCCACGAGUGGCCCCGGCGGGCGCGCCUUUUUCUCGGCCGCCUUCCACCGCGUCGGGCCGCCGCCGCUGCUCAUCGAGCACGUCGGGCUGGCGGCUGGCGGCGUCCAGCAGGACCUCCGCCUGUGCGUGGGCUGCAGCUGGGCGCGAGGCAGGCGCGUCGGCCGCCUUCGCCCGGGCGCCUCCAACCCAGCCGCGUCGUCUCCUCCCUCGGCUGCCCUCUACUCCCUGCCCAGCCCGGACCACGGACAGCCUUGGCAGCAAGGGGAGCGCCUCCACUUCUGCUGCCUGGAUUUCAGCUUGGAGGACCUCAAGGGGGAUCCCGGCUGGAGGAUGAACCGCAAGCCCAUCGAGUCCACCCUGGUAGCCUGUUUUAUGACUCUGGUCAUCAUCGUCUGGAGCGUGGCCGCCCUCAUCUGGCCGGUGCCCAUCAUCGCCGGCUUCUUGCCCAACGGCAUGGAGCAGCGGAGGGGCGCCCCCACCUCGACAACGACAUCUGGAACGGCGGCAGCUAAAUGACCGCCUUCCUCCCGCAGCGUCUGGUCCGAUGUCACCCGGGUUGUAUCGUUGUGGGGCUCUGGAUUGGGAAUCUUGCUAUAAGUUAUUUUUUUGUAAUGUUAGAAGGAAUCUAUUUUGUAGAUUAUUACGUUAAAGCCAUCUUCUUGGUGUUGGAUAUAGAAGACGGGAGUUAGGUAGAAAUUUUCAAAUUGGACUGGUUUCUUGCCAGUAAAUCUUUUGAAAAGCAACAUAUACCUGCUUCUAGUUUAGUAUGCUAAGAGAGUUUAUAGGUAUAUUUAUCAUGUGCUCAAAUUCCUAUCAGAUAAAAUGACCAAAACCUGUGUAUUUGCUUUAUAUAUUAAAACAAAACUCUUUAAGUCAGUAUUUUAGUAGCAGACGCACACAAGUCCAGUGCACUUUGCAGUAGUUGUAAGUUAUUUGUAUAAGAAUACAAUUUGUCUUUGCAAAUGUAAAUUUACUAAAACAAAACUUUUUGGCAGUAUUUAAAUUUGAUAACAUAUGAUAUUAUUCUUGGAGGAUCUGAAUUUCAGGCACUCUUUUAUAGUGUGCGUGCGUGUGGUUGGUUCUUAUUAGAGAUACUGUGUGAUUACUCAUGUAAAUCUGUUCGAUCGUUAAUACAGAGAGAUUUUCUUUGCUGAAGUGUUUAGACUUUGCUUGGUAUUUUCCUUGGUAUUGAUUUGCAAGUACAAAUCAAGUAUAGGUACAAGCAGAGAUUUAGGGUCCCUCUUUAUCCCCAUCAUUCAAUAUAAAAACUCCCUGUGGAAUGAUGGGUAAUCAUUCUUUUAGUCUUCUGAUUUGUUCCCACAUUUGAGGAAAUAAGUCAAAAGUUGAAACAAUUGGUAAAGCUCUCCAACCUAGUGAUGGCCAAUAAUUCUGCAGUUGCAGCAUAUCUGGGGGACACCACAUGGGUAAGGCUGCCUAACUUCUGGUGUGGCCUCUUCUUUUAUCUCCCUUGUUAUAGCAAGAUAGUAACAAGAAUAAUGCCAAUAAUAGCAGGUUGUUAUCUGCUGGAUGAGUGGUACAUUGUGUGCAGAAGCAGCGAAUGGCCCAUGGUGACAAAUGUGUGUAGUUUAUAAUAAACAUAUUUUGUCUAAAGCCCCCGGCCUCCAAUUUAUUAAAAAACCUCUUUCAGACAAUUGCCAACUAAAGGUUCAUUC